AUGGUGUUGUUUACGUUCGUGCAUCUGACUAUUCCGGAGGACAGAGACACUCUGGAGAACCUUCUUUCGCAUUUGGCGAGAAGAUGUAAAUUGCCAGCCCCGGAAAUCGCAUACUCGAUCCUGUCGAAGUUGCGAGACCAAGAGGAAGGCGUGUUAGCCACUACUCAACCGCGUAUUGAUCAGCUCGAGUCGGAUUGGCUUAGACUGGGCCCCACAAAGAUUGCCAUAACAGAGACCGGCGUUCGCGCGUUGUUCAGCGUGCGAACUUUCAUAAAUUUGCGGUAUUGGCAAAUCGAGCGUGAAUUGCUAUGCAUCAACUGUAAGCGGGAGGCUGCUCAGAGCUUGGCUUCGAUUGCUGGUCUACGCGCUGAAGAAUUGCAGGCAUCGACAGAUUGGGCGGCCGAGACGGGUCAAUUUCCGUCUAUUGCAUUCAUCGAUUUACGUUCUAUAAUAGGCAGGUCUUUGGCAACAGCGGCGAUCAGUUGUCGCGCCGUAUAUUUGAUGCAUGCUCCACAGGGAUUUCCUUACCAAUGGGUGGAGCAUAGCGAUGUCGACAAGCUCACUAAAGACUGUUUUGUGUGGUGCUUUGACCCUCAAUAUCGUGGGAUUAUGCGAACCUUGUUGGACAGAGGUUCGAGCGGGCCGAUGGGGGUUUUGGGAAAGCCCAUAGCGUCCGAGCAUCUCAAGCGCUUCCUUCGACCUAUGGUGCAGGCAGGCAGCGCCGUUCUACUCAACAAGACCGAGUGCCGCAGCCGGAGCUAUCCCGGACCGACUUGGUGCUUGAUGAUCCUCAAGCAGGUUGAUUUCAAUGACACUCGAGCCAUUCGAGAGAUUCUUGCAGAGGUCACGACCAAGAGAGAGUUCUACAAAAUCAAUCCCGGAACGCCGAUCGAAAACCCGGAGGAACUUCGCCACCUAUGUUUCAAUAUGGAUUCAGAUAAUCCCGAUAUCGACGAAUGGUUGCAAGAGCUCAACACUUAG